AUUUUGCGCUCGGCCCACGACAUAUUACUCUGACCUCUAAUAACGAUGGUUGAUAAGUCGACAGCCUACGAUCCGGAUCAGGACCCUGAAGAACGCCGUGUUGUGCGCAAGGGAUACCGCUCUCUGGCGAAAACUAUUGAAGAACGCCAACUGAAUCUCAAUGAGUACUCCGCAGAAGACUUGACUAAGCAUGUCAGGAAAGCCGAUGAGCUGUUCGACAAGGUCAAGGGGCCGCAGGAAGCGACACUGGACUCCGCGUUCCUACUCAAGGCAUCAAACAUGGGAGCGCAGAAAGCGCGCGCCAUGAAGUCCGGCUCGGGAGGCUUCGACGUCGAUGACUUUGUGUCGAAACUGGCGCGCAUCAUGGGAGGAGGGAGGAUGAGUGUGGAUGAGGAUGGUGCAUCAUCUGAAGAAGAAGGGGAAGUUCCUGCGCUUGACUGGAGUCGGGUUGGGCGGAUGGCGUUGAGCAAGAGUAGACGCGUUCCUGCCAUCGGGUUUAUGCUAGGACCUCUAUCAAUUGAGCAGAAACAGCGCAUAGUGAAACAGCGGGAGAAGGUUGAGAAGGAAGCCGUGCAGGAGCGUAGGCCACAAGAGCUCAAGGAGGAAGACAUCGCAAGAUCGGAGAAUGAGACUACGAAGAACGUCCUCACCCUCGAGACAAUUCUGGGUCAGCUGGAUGGGCCUAUCAAUCUCUUCACAUUCGUGAUCAAUCCGAACAACUUUGCCCAGAGUGUGGAGAACAUCUUCUACCUCUCUUUCUUGAUCAGAGACGGCAAAGUUGCAAUGGAAACGCAGGAGGACGGGACGGUGGUGAUAUGGGCUUGCGAACCGCCGAGCGACGAGGAUUACAGCGCAGGUCUCAAGAAGCGGCAAAUUGUGUUAGAGUUUGACAAGGCAACCUGGCAGCGUGCUAUCGAUGUGUUCAAUAUCACUGAGACCAAGAUUCCCACACGCAAGCCAGCAGAGUCUGGGUGACAAAUGGUAUGGUUGAAAGACGGGCAGAGUCUGUGCUUAUCCUGUAUGUCAUCGGAUAUGAGAGGGACUGACACCAAGAGGAAGCAUCGAGAUGUCCUGCAGUUGGAUCUUUGGCCACGAUGUGGUCUGAAGCUUUACAGGGUUCAGAGUUUGUGCCAUGCAGUCCACAAACAGAACGACUCACGUGAGAAUUGGCUUCUUCCACGGUCAGGAGAUUCAUGUGAUCGACACCCUCCGUAGAAUCCUUUGUUGAAUCAGCUACAAGCCAAGGUUUCGAUGAUACCAACCCACCGAAAACGCGUCCAAGUCUCUGAAUUGCACCCUGAGGUCCAAGGGCAACUGCGAAGGAAGAACUAGCACGUGGAUGGUUGGGGCGUACGGCCUGUCUGCAGCAACGUUUUUGGCAGCAUCCUACAUGAGGUCAGAUCAUAUAGCCCAUGGAAAGCCGUAAGAACAUACCGACGCAACGGACAGGGCAAGACGGAUGUCUUGUCUUUUAGCUCGUGCAUCCCGUGAAACGAGAAUGUAGAACUCGAACAGACAGUCAACCAGAUAAACCGAGGACUGAUUGUCGAAUAAUGAAGCGACGGGGGUGAUCUUCGAGAACGUCAGAGUGUGAUGGAUAGACGCCACGGAUAAACCUACAGGACUCUCUGCCUCAGCAUCAAUGGUCCAGAUCCGAGGAUCACUGCCCGCGACAGUGGGUUUCCAUCUCCAGUAAUCCGCCUGUGCGUAAAGCCGAUCUUCGCCGAGAGCCAUCCAGAACAUGUCAUCGUCAUCGCUCUGCUCUUCCUCGAGAAUGAGGAUCUCGGCUCCGUCGGCCGUGAGGGUUUUUCCGUAUGCUUCAGCGGCCGUGCGUUCCGGAGGAGUCGAUCCCCUGCCAUGCCAGACAUAGACUGUCUCGAGGAUAGACACGCAAUAACUGAAUCCACUGCAGAUAUUGCGGAUGUCGAUGUCGACCUGAUCGAUGAAGAUCCUGCACUAGAUCAGCACCGUGCCAAUUCAAAGAGGGGAGCUUUGUUUGACCCACACUCCAUCCUUGGCUCGGGCGAUAUGCAUCGCAGUGUUCUCCUUGGCCCAAUGCGAUCUGUUCCCCUAGAUCAAAUGGCAGGUUAAGAACUUGCAAGUCCAUGUGGCACAGGCAACUUGCCUGGCGAACGAUGAGCUGACGGCCCAGACACUGCACCAACUCGAGGGGCUCUGCGUUUUGGAAGGUGGGGACCUAGAAGCAGCAUGAACGCCAGUUAUUCCGGAAAGUAGCGAAACCAACCGUGACGGUCCCGUAGCGCUUGGCAAGUUCAGCGAGCUUGCGUUCCUCCGGGCUGCCGAGGAUGCUGUUCUUUCCUUGCCAAGACCAAACCCUCGAUUCAAUCAGCCCGGUGGCACUCGAUUUGCUUCGAUGGAUGAUAGCAAGGACCUCUGUGUCGUAAAAUGUCUGGACGAGCCCAAGUGGAGCUGCCGAGCUACCAGAGAUAGAGAGUACGUCGACUUGGAUCGUUUGGAUCCCAGCAGGCGCUGGAGAAACAUAGUUCCUCAAACAGCUAAUGUCCACGCGAGGCAGUGGUGGAUCCAAAUGUUCUGCAGUUGCGUUAGCGGGCGUUCCCUGAUCGCAGAUCCGACCACUUGCUGAACGACACAUUCGACUCCACUGCACUCAAUUUCUUAGUCACGGCGGAAAGGUCGGCGAGUGCUUCGGCGACGGGCACCUUCCGGGUGAGGGUGGAGUGUGGUGUAGGAUCAGGAGUCGCUUCUUCCUUGAGCGGGGGUAAAAUGGUCGAAUACCUGUCGUAAGAAGAUUUGCGCCUUUCACUAGAUGCAGGCACGGCGACUCUGGCACGUGCAGCUGGCGGCUCAAUAGGUUUCUCUUCAAUGACGUUCUUGGGCUCAGCAAAAGCCUGUGCUACAUCCAUAACAGUCGGCCGGUUGCCUGAGCUAGGGACCCGGCUGUGGAAUGGGGCAGAGUCUGUCGACGCCAAACCCGGAAGAGCCCUAGGAGCAGCCGCUGGGCUUGACUGCGGUGCUGGGCUCUUCGUCGCAAGAAAUGCGCCUGCACCUGCAGUCAUCCCAGGCAAAGCCCGCCGAAUUCCACUUGGAAUCUUCCUUGGUUCUUCGAUCGUCGGAGCUGAGGGCGCGGAAACAGGCUUGUGAGUUAUGAGAACGACUGGUGACUUGUGUUCCUGAGCGUCAGGCUUGGGAGUUCUCAGAACAACUGAUGGCUUGGUUUCCUGGACGUCAGAUGCUUUAGAAGCAGUCGUAUCGGGGGAAACAUCUUUGUUCUUCCGCGGUUUCUUUGCUCUGUCUUUCGUGAG